AUGAGCACCGCGGCCCGCUACAUCGCCUGCUUCAUCUUCCCUGGGGGAGCCUACUCGGUAAACUCUGUUAUUUUCUGCUGGACCUCCUCGACCUUGAGCCAGACCACGGAAAAGAAAGCUGUGGUUCUCGGAAUGACCAAAGUGGGUGGCCAGAUGGGCUAUAUCUACGGCGCGUACCUCUGGCCCGACUACGACGAGCCGCGCUAUGGAAAUGGCCUUGGCGCCUCUGCAGGCUUCGCGCUCCUCGCGAUCAUGUGUGCCUGGGUUUUGCGGGUGUGGCUGGUCCAGGAGAACAGGAAGAUCCGGGCAUCCACUUCAGAACACGUCAACUUACACGGCUACUGA